GUUUCGGUUCCGGGUGUUUGGAUCCGAAUCAGGAUCAGUUCCAAAUAAAUUGAUUCGGUAUUUUUCAUGGUAAAACCGUAAACGGUUUCCCGUCCGAUCCACAGUCCCCAUGUGACUGUCACGUGACCCCCGCAGCAGCUGAAGUCACGUGACUCACUCCUGAUUGUUGCACUUCCUGAUCAACGCGGACACCAAAAGCGCUAAAAUUGUCGGACCAGCUCGGUUCUGAAGAGGAGUUUGUGGUUCUUUCAUUUCUCUGAGAGAUGAGCAGGAGACUCGUUUGAGCGGCAGAACCGGGUCAUUCACCAGAUCCCGGAUUCAGUUUGUGUUUUUAACAUCUAACAUCAGCUGGAGAUCUUUGGUGCGAACUGUGGAUAAAAUGUCUAAAUACACGAGCUUCCCGGAGCCCGUUGAAGAGCAGAACCCGUUCCAGGAUCCCGCAGUGACGCAGCACAGCAGCACCGACCCGGGAUACGCCACUCUGGACCUCUACAACCCGUUUGACAACACCCCUGCGCAACCCCCCCCAUAUGAAGCCACCCCUCCCUCAGGUCCACCUGCCCCCGUAAAGACCCCCCCCGAGCCCCGAAACUACGGCUCCUAUAACUCUCAGCCUGCAGUGAACGCCACGACCUCCGACCUCCUGAGGAGGCAGGAGGAGCUGGAGAAGAAAGCCCAGGAGCUGGAGAGGAGAGAGCGGGAGCUGCAGUCGCAGAGCCUCGGACCUGGAGCCUCUCGUCAGAAUAACUGGCCCCCGCUGCCGUCCUUCUGCCCCGUGGGGCCGUGCUUCUACCAGGACAUCGACGUGGAGAUCAGCCAGCGCUUCCAGCGGACCGUCACCACCAUGUACUACUUCUGGAUGUUCUGCUCCGCCACGCUCCUCUUCAACCUGAUCUCCUCCUUUGCAAACUUCUGCGUGGACCCGUCAGGAGGAGGCGUUGGUUUGGGCCUGUCCAUUCUCUGGGUCCUCCUCUACACGCCUUGUUCGUUCGUGUGUUGGUACCGGCCGGUGUACAAAGCCUUCAGGAGUGACAGUUCCUUCAACUUCUUCAUCUUCUUCUUCGUUUUCUUUGCCCAAGUGUGCGUGUUUGUGAUCAUGACCAUCGGGAUCCCUGGAUGGGGAUACAGCGGCUGGAUUGUGAGUCUGGCUAGUCUGAGGUCAAACAAAGGAGUGGGUGUGAUCAUGAUCAUAAACGCCAUCUUCUUCACUGGACAGACCGCUAUGGGCGUCAUCAUGCUGAAGAAGAUCCACAGCCUGUACAGGCAAACCGACGCCAGCUUCCAGAAGGCGCAGGCGGAGUUCGCCUCCGGGGUCAUGUCCAAUCAGGCUGUGCGGCAGGCGGCUGCCUCCGCCGCCCAGGGGGCCUUCACCGCACCCCGGUAGAGGGGGGCGGGGGGCGGGGCUCCGCUUCGUGGAGUCUGGCUUAAGAUCGGGUCUAGUUUCUGUCAUUGACAAAAAGGUGAAGGAAAUCUUUAUGUGAGUAAAACCAAGAGGAUGUUUGAGUGUUUAAAGUGAAUUCAUGAACCAAACUGUGCCGCGAGGAGAAAGUCCAGAUGGUUCUGACUUCUGUGAGGAGCUGGACACGGCGAGGCGCUCCUCUGCUCCAGGAAGGACAGCUUUAGCUUCUGUGUGCACUAACAAGCUGUUUCUGUGGAAAUCCUGUAAUAUUCCUAUGAUGCCAAAUCCGACUUCUCCGACUUCAUUGUGUUGUUCUGUUUCCUUCACGGUUCUGUUGGUGCUGCUCAGAUUAUUGUUGUUGAUCACAAUCCGGAUUUUAAUAAAACCACGUCGCUCUGA